AUGGAACCAGCCUCUGAUCAUCAUCAUCAUCAUCAUCAAAAUCAUCAACAACUCUCUUUAGCCUCUAAGGAACUCAGCAAUAUCAUCAAAGGGAAAAGAACCAAAAGGGUUAGGCCACAAUCUCCUAUUCCUUUUUCCAUCACUGCUAAUUCUUCAACUGGAGAAGGAGGUGAAAGAGAGGAUUGUUACAAUGGUGAUGAUGUCGUCAACAACAACAAUAUCAAUAUCAAUAUCAUCCACAAUAACAACAAUACCUCUCCGACAACAUCUUAUGUCGAAGAGAAACAGGAAAGUGUUAUGGAUGAUGAAGAACAUGAUAUGGCAAACUGCUUGAUUCUAUUGGCACAAGGACAAUCCAAGGAAUCGCCGAAAACUACUGAUGAAUUGGAUGGUGGAAUGAUGAACUACACAAAAUACAGCAGCAGAAAGUUCAUGGAAGCUGCUACUUUGGAUUCUGGAAGAGCUGGUUUCUAUGUUUAUGAAUGCAAAACAUGUAACAGAACAUUCCCUUCAUUUCAAGCGCUUGGUGGCCAUAGAGCAAGUCACAAAAAGCCAAAAGCAUUGGCAAUUGCUCAAGAGCGAAAACAGUUUUUUGAUGAUGAUCAAGAGUUUCAAUUCAAACCCAAUCAUAAGCCAGUUUCCCUUCAAUUGAAUAACAAUGGUAAGGGAAAUCUAUACGGCGGAAACAACAACAACAAGUCUAAGGUUCAUGAGUGUUCCAUCUGCGGUUCUGAAUUCACAUCCGGACAAGCACUUGGUGGGCAUAUGAGGCGCCACCGCGCACCGGUGGGGUCAUCAACUGCCAACACCACACUCUCGUUGACACCAAUGGCUUUGGAGCCUGAUGAAGAUCAUCAACCUAGAAAGAAAAGGAAUGUUUUAUCUUUGGAUUUGGAUCUCAACCUUCCUGCACCUGAAGAUGAUCACAAAGAAUCAAAGUUUGCCUUUGCUUCCAAGCAACAACACCAACAACAGCAUGGACAAAAACAACAUCAACAACAACAACAGCAACAGCAGCAACAACAGCAGCCACAACAAACAAAUCUCGUCUUCUCUGCACCAGCUCUGGUAGAUUGUCAUUACUAA